AUGACAAAGGAACAACCAUUGGAUGAUACCAUGAUGGAGGUGAGGGAAGACUUCAUGCUUUCACCAGCUGGUGACAGUAAACUAACUCUAAGAACAGCUCAUUUUCUCAAACCUAUUGCAAAUACCAUUGAAGAACCAGCUUUUGAGGUUAACCCAUUUUCAUUAUCAUCUUCUGUUUUUGACCCAAAGAAAUGGUCUUUGUCAAUCCAUUUCAAUGGGUGGUGCCACCCACAACAGAAAUGGGUUAGUUGGGUUGAUCAACUUAAGCUCAGAUAUGAAAAUAUGUGGAAAAAAGUUGGAAUCUUUGAAGCUAUAAUGAGCACCAAGUGCAAAAUUUUGAAAAAUGAAAACUUGCUACUUGGGGUUGUUGAGAAAUGGUGUUGUGAGACAAAUACCUUUGUAUUUCCCUUUGGUGAGGCAACAAUCACUUUGGAGGAUGUUAUGGUUUUGGGGGGUUACCCUGUUCUUGGUGAUUCGGUUUUAACACCACUUGAAGACAAAGAAAUGAGAGAGGUGGAAAAGAAAUUGAUCCUUGCAAGAAAUGAGCUUUCUAAAACAGGUUGGCCUACAACAUCAUUAUGGAUGGAUAUUUUCAUUGGUAAAGGUAGUGAAAUUGAACAUGAAGCAUUCCUUGCUACUUGGUUGUCAGUUUUUGUUUUUCCUCCUAAAAGAAUGUUUGUGAAAAGUUGUUUGUUUCCUAUUGCUGUUCAUCUUGCUAGAGGAAAUCCUAUUGCUUUUGCACCAGCUGUUUUAGCUAGCUUAUAUAAGGAUUUAAGUUUUUUUAAGAAAACAAUUGUUGAUUUGUCAAAAUAUCCUGUUGGUGCUGAUAGUUUUCCUUUAGUAAUUAGUAUUCAAUCACCCUUUUAUUUGGUUCAAGUUUGGGUGUGGGAGAGGUUCAAAAAUUUGCAACCACAACCACAAACCAUGUUGAUCAGCCAAGGAGUCCCUUUUUUGUUCAGGUGGCAUAAGGUUAAGGACUUGAAAAUGGACAAUGUAAGAUUGGCAUUAGACUCAGCUAUUGAUGAUUUUCUUUGGCGUCCAUAUGUUAGAUAUGCUGAUAAGUGUGGACUGUUUUAUCCAAAUGAUGAAAUUUUAGUAUCAUUUAUGAAUCAUUUGGAUAAAAAAAUGCUGUCAUUUGUUACAUGCUUGAGAGUUUCCGAACUUGUUGGAUUUGACGCUAUUGAACAGUAUUUGCCGCAUAGAGUUGCUAUGCAAUUUGGAAUGGAUCAAGAUGUUCCAAGUUACGUGCCUAAGUUCAAUGAGACUGAAUCCGUUGUUUGUAAAAACUACUUCAGGCCCAUAUCUAAUAAAAAUUUGUAUUUUCCUGCAAAAUUAUUUAAGGCAGAUGUUACCACGCGUUACGCGAAGUGGUGGAAGCAAUCGGUAUUGGGUCAUGAAAAUUUGGUUAAGAACAUUGCGAAGCGGAGGAGAAGUGAAAGUUCAAGUAAACAUAGACAAGCUAACAUAAGUGGUAAUGAUGUUGAUGUUCCACUUGGAUUUCCUCCCAAAGUGUAG